CCUCGCCGCCAUAUUUGAUUACGCUUCUCAUCCGAAUCGACGCUUCGGAUGAGAACAGUGUUGUAGUCCAACAAGCUAAGGAUGACCACAAUGCCAAGAAAGAAGAGAAAUUUGGUUGAUAUUCUUUGGAAAAAUUACAGGAAGAAAAGAAAAUUAAAUUCAGAAGGCUGUUCAGAUUUAGACGACUUCAAAUUUGCAUCCAAAGCUGAACCUUGUACUUCAACAGAUGGUUGUUUGAAGGAAUCAAGCGAGUUCCAAUCUUCAUGUCUCGACCAUCUCUACAUAAACAGGGAGACAACUCUCUCCACUGUCAGUGAUCAUAAUUAUGCUACAAGGGAGACAACUCCCACCUCACCCGAUGGCGUUAAAGGCUACUCUGGCAGUGAGAUAACACAUGUUUCUUCAGAUGACAAUCACAGCCAUGCUGGAAGUCAAAUUAAAAACACCGCUCCAGAAAAUAAUCACGACUACACUAAAUCUCAGAUAUGCCGCACCUCCCGUAAAAAUGAUCAUAGCUACGCUGGAACACAGAUGGCACACUCCAUACUGAAAAACAGUCCCAGCAAUGCUGAAUCGCUAAAGCACCACACCAAGCCAGAAAAAGAUCAUAGCUAUGCUGAAUCACCGGUAACUCACGACACCCUGGAAAACGGUCGCAGCAAAAAAAUAUCACAGAUAACCUGCACCACCUUGGAAAAUGGUCAACACGACUCAACUAAAAUACAGAAAACCCACACAUCUCCGGAAAAUGGAUAUGGCCAUGCUGAAAUACUAACAGCCCGCAUCUCCACCGAUGAUGGUUCUUCUGAAAGGGAUAUUAACCGCACCUUCGAAAUAAAGGUUCCGAUUUUUAACUCUGAUGUGGUUUCAAUAAAAGAGACAUUAGAAGAGUUAGCAGAGGAAGUCAGGCAUAAGCUUCAACCUCCGUACGUUUUUUCCUUCCAGGAAGAUGAAAUCAAAAUCAUUGAACUUUACAAAAUUAAGCGGAAAACCAGUGUGAAACUUGUGAUAAACAUUGAUCGGACGUUUCAGGCCAAGAUUUACGUCCAUCGUAAGGAGGUGUCGAGAGAUCACCACCUCUGGACUGGCCUUCCACCAAAGUAUGAUUCCUAUAGCAGUAUUUCCCAGCUAUUGACACAGCUACAGAGCUUCGCCGUCUGUAUGGGGAAUCCCGAUGAGGGCUUUUACGACCUUGCUGCCAUUGGCUGUGAGCUAAGUGACAGUAAAGAUUCCUCCAUACAUGGUUACAGAGAGGGCGACUUCUGUGCACAACUCGGAGAUUUAGACUACCAUUCGACCGUCAGGUCCGUCAAGUGUUCGUUGCUAGUGCCAGGACGACGAUGCAGCACUUGUGGUAUUUAUCGGAGACGUUUGUGGUCACGUAAACAUCGACUUGAUGACAAAUCAAAACUUUCUACUGAUCUAAUGCAUAGUUCCUACAAACACAAAGAUAUGACCAAAGAGAUGUUGAUUUUAAAAAUAAAACAGCAAAGGGCCUGUGUUCUCUCUUUACAGCACGAAGUCGACCGACUUCAACGAGAAAUUAAGAGGUUCAAUCCUGUUCCUAAAAAUGCACUUUGAAUGUUUGUACAUUUGUGUAUGUAUAAACUUUAGAAAAGAGUUCCUACAGGGUUUCUUUAAACUUUAGCUUGCCUGGCCCAUAGUAAUAAGUGACUAGUGGGCUUAUGCCAUGAUGCAGUGUCUGUUGUCUUUCCAUCUGCCAUCUGUCCAUCAAGUUUUCUUUAAAAUGAAGCUAGUUCAGAAAUUUUGAAGAGUUUUGUUUUAAAUCUUUUUUUUUUAAUCAAAAUUUGUUCAGCUCUGGGCCAAGGAACAUAUACAUGCAUGGAAGAAGUGACCCAGAACCCCCAUGGGAGCAGAGAUGCAAGACCUUGCUUAAAACGGAAAUACAGUAGAGGAUAAUCUUUAAAAGCCUCCUUCAAUUAGUAAAGUAAAUGAAUUUCGACACACACUGCCCCCGCCCUCCCCUUUCCUUAAGGUUAGAUGGUUGGGACAAAAAAGGAAAACAGUGCUCAGUUUUUAAGGGAGAAGGGAUUUCGACAUAAAUUGACAUGGCAUAUCAAUGAGGUCAAGGACACAGAUAAGAGAAUUCCUGGAUGAAGGAGAUUCAAUGAUGAUUUAAUGACGGGUAUAUGACUCUCCUUUGGAGCUGAGGCCGGGGGCGGGGCCAAAAAGGGUUAUUUAGCUAUAUAGCUUUAAGCGACUUCUUCUUUGUAACUACGAGAUG